AGUGUGCGCCGUGGUUUGGAUGAUUAGGUACUCAAGAUAAAGACGUGAAGAAUGAUUUGGUUCCUUGGCAAUCACGCGAGAUUUCUCCCAGUUAAUCUUCUGGGAUGUGGUCGCGCAGUGUUCGGCCAAGGCAUUCGAUGCAGCGUGUCGUUUCUAGACGUCAUUCAUGGGCUGCUUAAAUCUUGUCUUGAAGUUGCCGGUUUCACCGACGUAGACAUACCGACAGUCCGCACACGGAAUGACAUACACCACGCCUGGGAACUUGUCCUUUUCCAAAGGGUCUUUCACAUGCACGAGCUCGUGUCUAGGUUUCCGAGAGGUCACGUGCGCAGCCUGCACGUCAUAUGACCACAGGACGCGUGCAAGAGUCUCGCUUAUGCCGGGGACGUACGGAAUCGAAGCCCGUCUUUUGGGGGGUCCAGGCUGGGUGGGUACUGUGCGAGCCAGCUGCAGUGCCCUACUGAGUCAAUGAAGUACUCAGGGUAUCCACAAGCCAUUAAUUCCCUCCGCACAAGUGCAUUGUCCGCCAUGCUGUCUUCCGCUGUUGUGCACACGUUUUUUUUUUUGUUUGUUUUUUUUUUAUCUUGACACCUUGACCCUUUCACGGUUCACCUAAACAAUAUACAAGCAGCAAUCAAGUUCACUGUUGAAGUGGAAUCUGAAGGCCAACUGCCGUUCUUGGACACCCUUGUGCAGCGAAAAGGGCCAGACCUGUUAUUCAAGUUGUUUAGGAAGCACACUCACACUGGCCGCUACCUAAACUACACAUCGGUGCACCCUGCUUCGCAAAACAGGUCUGUCGUUGGCUCUCUUCUUCGUCGGGCAAAAAACGGGCCUUAAUCGUGUUUUGAGACACACAUAAACAGGGGCGCCAGCUCUGCCGCUUCUCGGCCACACCGAUCCGGCCCAACCGACCACCCAGCGACGUACGUGCAUCGAUUUGACGUUAUGCAAGAAUGUGAUUGCAGGUGCGAAUGAAAUAUUAACCACCGAUCGAGACAGUAAAUGAGUUCGCACCUUUGUUCAAAAUUAUGUGUGAACUCCGUGUCGUGUGCUUAACGGCUUCGCUGGUCAAUCACAUUCGCACGCAGACUAAAUAAAAAUAUCAAACUCACUGUUAAAAAAAAAAACAAAAAAAAAGCAACGAGCCUGCCAGGAUUCGAACCUGGAAUCUUCUGAUCCGUAGUCAGACGCGUUAUCCGUUGCGCCACAGGCCCAGACGUUCAGGCGAGGUCUUAAAUAUAGUUUUAAUAAUUUUGACUCAAUUACCUAGCAUGAGUAUGUCGUUGUCGUGGUUUCAAGGCAUAAAAGCAGUGAAUUAAAGUACGCCGCGUGCGCUAGCAUUUUGUUGCAAAAUCAAACUGUUUCGGAUGGCAGCACUUUUCUCGACAACGCGAGAAUCAACAGGAGAAAGGGCACGGUACGGAUCAGUGGGAUCAGCUUGAAUCAGCUAUCAGUUCUCUAUCUUCUAUCAUGUACCAUGUCGACAUGGUGGGCAUACGUAUCAUUUGUCUAGGAAGAACAAAAUGGCGCAAUUUUCUAGUGCCUUAUUUUUGAUGUAAGCGCGUACAAAUAUAACUGCGUUUCAGGUAUCAGACCCUAUUGACACCUAAUGCGUUCAUUUGAUGGAACAUUCCACCAACAAGCGUAGCAACGCAAAUGGCGACUGCUCGUCGUUCCUGUGGAACCAGCUGGUAUCCGGGGCGCCUGUCGUGCUCGGUCUUGAUGCCUACAGGCCACCCGCUGUCAAGAUUAGAGACCAGGUGUUGAAUGCUGCUUUUCGGACGGCGUUAGAGAAGCGCACAGAACAGUCUGUUCUUUCAUCGUUGGCUGGUACCGUGCAAUCUUCCACUGAAAGUGAUGGCGUUGUCAUCAUACUGGACCAGGUGCCAGGUUGCGCACCAUCCCCAUUGCGCCAUAAUGUCAUCCAGGUGCCCUGCAAGUUUGACAAGGUUACCCCUGGAAGUGGCACCACUAGUACAAGCAAGGAAGAAUGGUUGUCUAAGUUGACGACCUUUGAGGAUGCCUGGGACUAUGCAUCGUUGGAGUGUGGGCUGGGCUUCAGCCUGGCUGUCAUUGUCGACUUGGCAGCCCGUGUCAAGGGGCCCUCUUGUGACCUGACUGUGACUGCAGUCACCCCACUGCUGCCAUUGCGCCUGGUGCCACUGUUCCCGAUUCCAGUGCUGAGGAGCGGCGUCCAGGAUACACUGUCCUCACCGCAUGCUGCAGCACUACCUGACUUUGGGUUCGUCACCUUGUGCGGGGACCACCUUUGCUUUCACUUCAAGCAUCAGAUUGAGGAUGGUGGCUUCAACUUUAUUGGAGUAUGGAUAAGUGGCGUGGCAUCAGUUGAGCAUCCCUUUAUUUGGCUUGUUUGUGCCCAGUUUGCCACAAGCCAGAGACUAGCUUCAAGGCCCAAGGACAUAUUUGUAGUGUGCAUUCUGUCGAGGCAAGCAGCAGCAGCAGUGGACCCUGGGGAGGUACCUGAGGAUGUGCUGUUCUACAAUUGCCUUUGCCAGAGUCAUGCAAGCCUUCGCUUCCAGCUAUGGCAGGGAGUGGCCACCACCUCUGUCGCCAGGGUGCCAUCGGCUUCAAAUAAAACAAUUAACAUAACCCUUGAAAAAAUCCUUUCUGGAGGUGCAGCUGAGACCUUUCACUCUGCCCUGAAGGAACUUGUGAAAACCCGCACGCCACUGGUGGCCACCCCGGAGCAGAGCAGCACUUCCGUCACUCAGGACUCAUGGGUUCCCACACCGCAGCCUGCAAGAAAGCAGAACUUCAAUAUGGCUCCAACAGUGCCCGACGUGUCUGACUUAUCAGUGGGCUUAUCGGUGCACUCGAGAUCAGGAAACAUGUCGUAUGGAACACAUGCUGUGACUUGCGAUACAAGGACAGGUGUAUUGAACAUUGGUUCGCUAGGAGGGUGCUUUGCUCAAUCGUCCGAUGUUGCACAGAACAGUCGGAAUACUGUAACACCAGCUCAAGGUGGACCAAGAACUCCUUUACAAAGCGGUCGUGUUCACGAUUACAACGUUGCUGUCGCAGAUGCCCAUUUCCGACUGACCCAGCAACAACAGUGUGUACCUCCAGCUUCUGCAACUGAGCAACACCUGGGAACAGAAUCAGUGCCUGUUGGUGUCUACGAGCUGAUCAGGCGCCAGGACGAGCAGUUGCUGGAGCUCAGACUGCAGAUUCAACGCCUCCUAUCUCCUGCACAAGAACAGAAUCAAUCAGGGCCACCGGCCUUGUCUCUCCAACCACUGGCUGGUGGGACUGGCAAAACAAGUGUGGAGAAACUGACUUGUAAUGCAGCGACCAUGACAGAAGCCAGCACACAGCUAGUGCAUCGAUCUGUUCAAACAGAGAAGACCACAACUGAAGAGUCCUCUGUUGAAAAGGGCUGCACUUUUUGUGGCCGUCGCAAGCAAGGACUGCCUGCAUCAGAAAUCCCGGAGCGUGACACUGAUUACACCAUCUUUUUUCCUGAGAAGUCCCCUCACUUGGCGCAAAAGCUUUCCCAGAAGCCUGGCCCAAGAACAGCACCGAACUUGACUCACAGAGAUCCUGCCCGGCAGCCCCCAAGGCCUGCCUUUGCACACAGCAAGACUUCAGAUCUGCUUGUCACACCCACUGUUUCCUUCAGUGAUGAUCUCUCUCUGUUGCCUGGCAGGUUGGAGAGAAGGAGUGUUUCCCAGGGAACAAUGCCGACGUCCUCUGCCGGGACGUUCAUCCACCCGCGGCUGCACUACGAAGAGGAGUCGCGGGUGAGCGGUCAGCGACGUGACGAGCUGAGCUUUCAGGUGGACCGCAUCGCGCACAAGUACUGCCCAGAAGGGGCUGGCCUGUCGGCGUCCCCGUUGACCAAGGGCGGAGUGCCGCUUUCGCAAGAUGCGCAGGCCUAUCUGCACAACUAUGGACUCGACUCCCGUAGAGCACGGGAGGACGCUGCCGGAAGAGUGGACAGCAUGGAGCACAUACUGGACAUUAGCGCUCUCAGGAGGCUGCCCAAGCUGCUCUGACCUCCGAGAUGGGUCGUUUGUCAAAGUGACACAGGCAUGCAUGACCAAGCAUGGCUAUGUGUGGGCCUCCUAGGACUCCAAAGAGUGAGAGAACUUGCAAGUUAGUUCCUUGAAUCUGGUGCAAUUUAAACGUUGCAGUCACAGCAUGCAUGUGUAGAUGAGUCAAUUGUGAAACCAUCUGGCACGGCAGCUUUUGUCUCACUACGCGUCUGCUACAGGAAUUGGCCAUGGCUCCUCAAUUAAGGUUGUGUGAGACUUGGAAAAUGAGUUUCAAAAGUUGGCUGUACAGCAGUGGUAAUAAAAGUUAUGCCUGUAAAAUUUGCAAGGAAUUUUAAAGAUAGACACACCUUGCAUUAAGCCCAAAAUUAGUUUUAAAUUUAAUUUAGUAUUUUUCAUUUUUGUUUACUUUUUCUGUAUAUGUACUUUUUUCUUAGAUCUACUAUUCGCAGAGUAUUGCAAUUUUGUACACAAGUAGCAAGCAACGCUUUACAAAAAUGGAACUAAAAUUAUGCAUGUGUAACAAAAACUAGAUUUGUUAUGCUUUUUUUUUACUUUUGUUAAUGCAUGAAAAUUGCCACUUAUGAAUGUUCUUUUUUUAAUUCCCUGGGCUGUAGUCUUUUGAAGUGUCAGCAUUGCUAUACCCUUUCUCUUUGUUUCUUCGGUCCUUUCUUUCCUGUUUCGCUUCAGAUCUCAGCUUGAAAUCACUUUUUUGGACCCGUAGUCUGUCUAUAGAUGUUAGUGUUGACACACAGAGAGGUCCAGGGCUGGCUCCCAAAUGUUUCAACACACUUUCUUGUGCUACAUUUCUAUAUACAGUACCGGUUGCCAUGAAAUUUCUGUUUUGCCAUUAGUCGCUGACUUCUUCCCAUUGUGAGUACAUCUACAGCACAGGUGGACAGCGUCAAAGCUUCAUGUGCAACCAUAAACAAAUGUUUGGUUCAAAACAGAAGAGCAACAUGAGCAGCCCUAGUGGCUGAAAAAUGUACUGCACACAAGACAAAAUUCCAAACUUCAGAGCAUAGACUUUCUGCAAGUAUCCGAAAUGAAGAGACCAUGUCGAGGUACACUCGCUUUUCUUGUGAACACGUCAAAGAAAGAGGAAGAAAAAAAAAAUUUUUAAACCGCGAAUACCCAAGUGUGAUAUAUUUUCUGAAAGAUAAAGAAAUUCUCUAUCAAAUAAUUGCAAAAUCUUGAAAUCGAAUUUUUUGACCAAACAAAGUCUUGCCCCGCCUUAAGACGUAGCUGACCAUGGUAACAACAGCUGCUUGAAAAUCUGGAGCAUUGGGCACUCGAAGAACAGAUGGUUAGUGCCAUUCUUCCUGUUUGCGCUGAUGUGGCACAUUUUUGCGUUCGAGCUGUGCCUCUUGAGUUCACUUGCAAAAUGCGGCUCUAGCAUGUGCACCACCUUUCAUGGCCUUCGGCUAGUUCCAACAAUGUAGAUCUCUGCAUCCCUAGCUGCGGUAUUGGUGCUGCUUGUGUCUUCAAGUGCCUUGUUCUACUUGACUGCUAAAGCUUUUGGAACGUGGAAUUUCACUUUACCUUCAUGCGGUGCUGUAGUUGCACGGGUAAGUGUCUGCUGCACCAUGCAAUUCUUGCAGGCAUUUAUUAGUGAAGAGCUUUCCCAUCGCUGCUUCUGAAGAUUUCGCACUAGGGUUUCCUCUUGUGUUUGCAUGCUUUCUGAUGCACAUCCACAGCAAUGCAAUAAGUCAUGUGCCAGAAAGCCAGACGUUCAGUUUAGUGCCUGCAUUUGAAUAGAUAUGAAAUUUGUGUAUUUCGCAAAAAAGAAAAUGGUAAUAAAUAGACAAUUCUGCCUUUUUUAUUGAUA